AUGUCUGACAGAGAUCUCAGCAGCCCGGAACCUUUCGAGGACCUCGGGGGUGCCGAUGACACAUCGCCGGUACGUAACUUUGACGACGAAGUGUUAAGCGAAGCCGACGUACUGAGUCUGAGUCAGUUUGAUGACCCGGAGGAAGAAGAUGGAGAAGAACUGUUUGGCGACAACUUGGAACGGGAUUAUCGUCCGAUACCUGCGCUCGAUCGCUAUGAUGGCGGUGAAUUGGACGAAGACGAUUACGAUUACAUGAGUCCAGGUGCAAGAGCUGCAGCCGAAAGAGAGUUACAAAGACGUGACCGAGAAGAAGGAACUGGUCGAAGGGAUGCUGAUGACAUACUUUAUGAUGAACAUGACGAUGAUGAGGCAUCAAGAAAAAAAAGACGAAUGGCUGAAAGAGCUGCUACUGGUUUCAUUGUUGAUGAUGAUGAAGACGAAGAAAUGAUCGAGUCAAUUGAGAACUUACAAGAUACUAAAGGACAUACAGUUUCUGAGUGGGUGGCUAUGUUAGGUCCUAAGACAGAAAUUGCAAACCGUUUCAAAAAUUUUUUGCGCAAUGAUGUCACUUCCAGUGGUGCUUAUCUGUACAAAGACAAAAUCAGAAGAAUGUGUGAGAGUAAUUUAUGUAGCUUGGAAGUAGAAUUUACCAAUUUGGCCAACAAACAACAUACUCUGGCACUUUUUUUGCCAGAAGCACCUUUAGAAAUGAUUAGUAUAUUCAACGAUGUAGCCAAAGACUUAGUUAUAUCGAUGUAUCCUCAAUACGGCAGAGUCACCGCUGAAAUAUUUGUAAGGAUUACAGAUUUACCACUUAUUGAAGAAAUUCGUACUUUCAAAAAAAUACAUUUGAAUCAGUUGGUUAGAACUCGUGGUGUUGUAACGUCAACUACAGGUGUGUUUCCUCAACUUAGUAUUAUUAAAUACGAUUGUUCUAAAUGUGGUCAUGUUCUCGGACCAUUUGUUCAGUCACAAAGUGAAGAAAUUAAGCCUGGUUCAUGUCCUGAAUGUCAAAGUACUGGUCCAUUUAUGGUUAACAUGGAACAAACUUUAUAUCGUAAUUACCAAAAGAUUACCAUACAAGAGUCUCCAGGCAGUAUACCACCAGGCCGUAUACCACGUAGUAAAGAGUGUAUUCUUUUAGCCGAUCUGUGUGAUCAAUGCAAACCUGGCGAUGAAAUAGAUGUAACUGGAAUAUAUUCAAACAGCUACGAAGGGUCUUUAAAUACAGGCAAUGGAUUUCCAGUGUUCGCUACUGUUAUUAUGGCAAAUUAUUUAAUUAUAAAAGACAAUAAACAUAUAGUUGAGUCUCUUACUGAUGAAGAUGUUUCACAAAUAUUGAAAUUGGCCAAAGAACAUAAAAUCGGUGAACGUAUUGCCGCAUCUAUUGCCCCUUCAAUUUAUGGACAUGAUUAUAUCAAAAAAAGUUUAGCAUUGGCAUUAUUUGGCGGGGAACCAAAAAAUCCAGGUGACAAACAUAAACUUCGUGGAGAUAUAAAUAUACUGUUGUGUGGUGAUCCUGGAACAGCUAAAUCUCAAUUUUUAAAAUAUAUUGAGAAAAUAGCUCCACGUGCCGUUUUUACUACUGGACAAGGUGCUUCCGCUGUUGGUCUUACAGCCUACGUUAAACGUGAUCAUCAGACUAGGGAAUGGACGUUAGAAGCAGGAGCAUUAGUAUUGGCUGAUCAAGGUGUCUGUAUUAUUGAUGAAUUUGAUAAGAUGAAUGAUCAAGAUAGAACUUCAAUUCAUGAGGCUAUGGAACAACAAAGUAUUUCUAUAUCUAAAGCUGGUAUUGUGACCUCGUUACAAGCUAGAUGUUCUGUUAUGGCUGCAGCCAAUCCAAUUGGUGGACGUUAUGAUCCGGCUAUGACUUUUUCUGAAAAUGUUAAUUUAUCAGAACCUAUUAUGUCAAGGUUUGACAUUUUAUGUGUUGUUCGAGAUGAAGUCGACCAGGUUAAAGACAAUCAGCUUGCAACAUUUGUGGUACAGUCACACAUGCGUAACCAUCCAUUGAGCAAAGAUAAAGAAUGUGAAUUGAGAAAUCCGUUUUCUACCACUGAUAUGGAACCAAUACCUCAAGAUUUAUUGAAAAAGUAUAUUGUCUAUUCUAAACAAAACAUUCAUCCAAAACUUCAUCGUAUGGACCAAGACAAAGUAGCUAAAAUGUAUAGUCAGCUGCGACAAGAGUCUAUGAUGACUGGAAGUUUGCCCAUUACAGUCCGACAUAUCGAAAGUAUGAUUCGUAUGGCAGAAGCUAAUGCUAAAAUGCAUUUAAGAGACUAUGUUCAAGAAGACGAUGUCAACAUGGCUAUUCGUAUAAUGUUAGAGUCAUUUAUCGAAACUCAAAAAUACAGUAUAAUGAAAACUAUGAGAAAAACAUUCCAAAAGUACUUAUCAUUCAAAAAAGAUACCACGGAGCUUUUGUACUUUAUAUUACAUCAAAUGGCGACUGAUCAGUUGGCUUACAUUAGAGGUAUACAUGGUGUCACAGUUAACACAAUUGAAAUACACGAAAAAGAUUUCAAAGAUAGAGUUAAACAGAUAGAUGUUCAUGACUUGAGACCAUUCUUUGAGAGCAAAUUGUUCAAAAAUAACAAUUUUGUGUAUGAUGAAAAGAGGCAUUUGGUUAUUCAAACCUUACUUCUCGGCGAAUAA